AUGCGUAAGCGUGAGAGGGAGAGCAGCGGGAGCAGCAAAAGCUCCUCAGAUUCGCUUUUCUCUUCCUCCAGCGAUUAUAGGAAUGACACACGGGGAAAGCGGAAACACCCACGUUGUAAAAAUAAGGAUAGUGAAAGCAACAACGAUAAGCCGGAGUCAGCCGCUGCCACAUGGGAAAAACUCGCGGAGCACAAAGCUCUGCUUGAGACGCGGGACGAGGAGAUAUCGUUGCUGGAGCAACGCCGUGGGGCCUGGAAUAGCAGUGACUCCUACGAUGAUGAUGAAAAUGCCCGGCAGCAUCACACGGGCAACAGUGGGGAAAUAAAAGGCAAUCAUCAUAAAAAUAGUAUUCUGAAUAGUACCCUUCGUGUGGAUGAAAAUGUUGUGCUGAGCGAUGAGGACUCCGGCGAUGAUCCCUUUGGAGCUGCCGCGUCCACACCAAGCGAAGUUGAGGCUGAUACGGGCGAAAAGGAUGGCGACAUUGAGGACUUUCGGGAGAGACUAUUUGCCCACGUUCAACUCACCUGCGCUGCAAAGCGAGUUGGUACUGUAGACUCAACCGUCGCCGGUGUAACACCCGCGCAUGCGCUGCAGCAUCUUAAGGAGGAGUUGCUGAAGCCCGUCAUGUCAACUGCGCUCACGGUUGUGAGUGCAACAGAUGAGUCGCACGAUCUUAUGGCAGAAAUUGUGUCGGCCAAACUACCGCCUCCUCCCCCUGAGGAUGUGAAACGGCUGCGUAAGUUGCAAUAUGUAGACCACAGCACCAUACAAUAUCCGCAUAUUCGAAAGGAGUUUUACGUUGCCCCUCCAGACGUCAAGGACCUCGAUGCGGAUGAGUUAAAGCGGCUCAUAGCGGAGCUGGAUGGAGCAAAAUUGCGUGGACGCGAUCCACCUCGACCCAUGCGUACUUGGAACGGUUCAGGUCUACCAGAUUCAGUUCUUGAUUUGCUAGCGCGUGAAGGGUUUGAACAACCAUUUGCCGUGCAGUCUCUUGGUUCUCCAGCGUUGAUGAGCGGUCGCGACCUCCUUAUUACAGCCAAAACAGGUUCUGGAAAGACACUCGCCUAUCUCCUGCCGCUUAUUCGUCAUUGUGUUGGGCAAGAACCAUGUAGAAAGGGUGAAGGGCCUAUUGGCCUUAUUUUUGUUCCCACACGUGAACUGGCUGCGCAAAUUGCCCAACUGGCAGAAAAGCUGUGUGUGGCAGCCAAGCUGAGAUUUGUUUCCUCGUACGGCCUAACACCGCUUGCAGACAACAUCAGACACUGCAGAGCAGGAUGUGAAGUCAUGGUGUGCACCCCAGGUCGACUUUUGGAUCUUCUCACCGUGAAUGGUGGAGCCGUCAUUUCGUUGCGGCGCACAUCUUUUGUCGUGAUUGAUGAGGCAGACCGCAUGUUUGACAGUGGCUUCAUGGAACACGUGGAGGCCUUUUUAAAAAAUAUUCGUCCUGACAGACAAUUGGCGCUCAUUAGUGCAACCAUGCCAAAAGAACUGAAGAAAGUCAUCAUGCGUCAUAUGCAAGAUCCUGUGGAGGUUACAGUGGGGGGCAAACCUACUCCCGCCUCGAAUGUCGAGCAGCGCUUUUUCUUUUUUGAUGAAGAAGUGUAUGAAGUGGAGGAGGCGAAUCGCACAGAAGAUAAAAAGUUUUUAAAACUGCUGCAAAUUCUCAGUGAUGAGGGUGGUACUGGACAGCAUCUCAUUAUCAUAUUUGCCCAACGCAAGGAAGAGUGUGACGAACUCUUUGCGCGUCUUUCUGCCUGUGGUUACCAGAAGCGUAUUGCCGUUUUGUAUAGUGGCAUGGACCCAUUAGAUCGUGAGUUUGCCUUGGAGCAUUUUGCUCCUGGCAAUCAGUUUAUUCUUAUUGCAACCAGGUGUUGCGGAGCCGG